AUGACUUGCGAACUGGCGCGCUAUAAGGUGGACAUAUCUGCACCCAGCGAGACCCGAUUCUUCGAAUUAGAGGAGGUGGGUACCGGCUACACCUUCUUCUGCAGCAUCCGUCUCAGGCCAGAGCGAGGAGACGCGGGCGUCGCCUAUGCCAUCCGGAACGACAUCGUGGGACGACCGCCCUGUCUGUCGCAGGGCAUCAACGACCAACUGAGGGGUCUUCACCUGCCACUUCGGCGGGGCGAAUUCGACACCACCAUCAGCGCCUACGCUCCCUCGAGGACCAGUUCUGACGCCGCAAAAGACCAAUUCUACGAAGACCUAAACGCUCUCCUGGGGACUGUGUCGAAAGCGGACAAGUUGAUUGUGCUUGGCGACUUCAACUCCCGCGUCAGCACGGACCAUACUGCCUGGAGAGGAGUGCUAGGUUCCCAUGGUCUCAAUGGCUCUAAUGACAAUGGCCGAUUCCUUCUACGAACCUUCACAGAACAACGCCUGAUCCUGACCGACACCCACCUUCGCCUCCCGAUGCGAGAGAAGGCCACCUGGAUGCACCCUUGGUCGCGGCGCUGGCACCUCGUUCAGAGACGAGGUCAGCGGGACGUUCGGGUAACAAAUGCGAUUCCUGGUGCCAACGGCUGGACCGACCAUCGCCUCGUUAUCUCGAAGGUGUGUAUUCGCCUACAUCGCCGCCGGAAACCCCAAGGUAAGAGACCCCCAGGUAAGUUGAAUAUUACCUGGUUGUCUUUGCCUGCUCACCGCCUUCAUUUCAGCAAUGGGCUAGCUCAACGGCUAGACAACCUUCCACUCGCCGCCGGUAUUGUCGAUGCGGACAAGAAUGCCUCCGUGGAAAAACGAUGGUGUCGACUGCGGGACACAGUCCAGUCGUCGGUCCUGGCUGUCCCCGGUCACGCACGACGCCAGCAUCAGGAUUGGUUUGAUGACAACGACGCCACCAUCAGAAAUCUGCUCGCCGAGAAGAACCGCCUACACAAAGCCUACGUAGACCACCCCACUGACGACAACAGAGCUGCUUUCUACCGCAGUCGUCGCCUCCUGAAACAGCGACUGCUCGAGAUGCAAGACGUCUGGACGACUCGUAAGGCCGAGGAGAUCCAAGGGUAUGCAGAUCGCAAUGAAAGGAAGGAAUUCUUUGCCGCGAUGAAGUCUGUCUACGGUCCCACAGCCAAAGGAACUGCUCCUCUCCUCAGCGCCGAUGGCAGUACCUUACUCGUCGAGAAGACACAAAUUCUACAGCGGUGGGCCGAACACUUCCGAGGCGUCGUCAACCGCCCUUCCACCACCUCCGAUGCCUCCAUCGGCCGCUUGCCGCAAGUGGAGACCAACGCGGACCUCGACCUCCCGCCAUCUCUCCAGCAAACCAGCAGGACCGUGCAGCAGCUCUCCAGCGGGAAAGCACCCGGAUCGGACGCGAACCCUGCUGAGGUCUGCAAGCACGGCGGUCCCCAACUAAUGGACCACCUGACUACGCUCUUCCAGGAGAUGUGGCGUCAAGGCAAAGUCCGGCAGAAUUCAAAGACGAAAUCAUCGUGCAUCUAUACAAUCGAAACGGAAACCGCCGCCUCUGCGUCAGUCACCAAGGCAUCUAGCCGCUGA